AUGUCUGGGGCGAUCAAGAUGGAGGGCUUCCAACCUUCCAGCGGGCUGUCCUCCAGUCCUUCGCGGCCAUCCAUCAGUCGCCCGUUCUCCGACGGGUCUAUGACUGUUGAGUCGUCUAUCCUAAACUCGUUGAUGAACCCUCCGCAACAGUUCUCGUUCCAGUCCCCUCUGCCUAGUCAGUCCCCCACUCAGGGUUUCGACUACAAUAUGGUUUCCCCUCACUCGAACGCCAUUGAGCUGCCAGGCAGCACAUCUCCCCACAGUUUCCAGCCUCACGCCAUGUUCAACCACCUCAACUUCAACUCUGAGAAUCGCGAGCCACCGGUCGUAACUCCUGGCGAAGGCGAAACUCAUCGUUCGCGAUCCCAGUCAUCCUCUCGUUCUUCUCACAUCGGGAAAGCUCCUCCCCCUCGUUCCCGUUCAGGACGUAAACUCUCUAUGAGUGACGUGCGGCCGUCGUUGCAAGCCGGUCGCGGUCGAACGAUGCAACCACCCCGGUCCAUGUCUUUUCACACCGACACAAAGCCCAACGUGCUCGCUUUAGGAGCGCAACGAGCCAACUCUAUUACCUCUGCCGAGUACAGCUUCGAGCAGCAAUACGGCCUGGCUAUUCCUCGGAACGACUUUGGCAGGAGCUUGUGGGGACCCGCGGGAAGUGCCCCGUCUGCCCUUCCAGAAGGAAGCUUUGAUGGUCAGGGACUUGAAAGGGAAUGCAAGCUCUCCUUGGCGAGGAAAGCCGCAAGCAGCGCAGGCGCGAAUGUCACAAUCAAGUCGAGAAACGUCGCCUUCAAGAUGCCGCUGGACGGCGAUGUUGCGGUCGAGGACGAAGAGGAAGAAGAGGUUGACACUGCUGCGAAGAAGAAGAAGAGCAAGCGGGCCGCAUCUUCGUCCAAGCAAAAGGAUGCAGCGCAGUGCAAGGGUCGAAUCCUCAGCGACAGUUCGUCUCGCAUUCGCUACUUGGAGAGUCUCCUCGUCACCAAUGGAGCGAACCCUUCGGAGUCUCAGUCCUGGACCUCUGACGAUAAGCCUGCAAGCGACAGUGGCCCCUUCUCGGAUAACAUGCGUGGUAGCCCAGAGGCUGAGCAGCUUGUUUCUCUGCCUCAGAGCGGUUGGAAUGGCUUCGGCUCUAGCAACAUGCUGGUCUUCGAGACAUCUCCCACCGAAGCCUCGUCUGGCCCCGAUAACCAGCGUUCUACACCAAUGUCUUCGGGCUCGCCUGAGACAGACAGCAAAGACCCCGUGGUCUGGGGUCUGCUGGACCUGACUGAGGAGGCGAAUGAUGGUCAUCGCAAGGACGACCUUCAACAGUCCUUGAGUAACAUGGAAAUCGAAGUGGACUCUGAUGAAAGGCGGCCAUGGGCUGCGUAUUGA